AUGUCAUCUUACUUUUUAUCAAUAUUGGUGUUUCUAUUCUACACCUUAUUGUUUAUGUUUGGUACAGUUUGUUUAGCAUGUGGAUUAUAUUACUUUGCAGAGUUGGUAGAAGAACAUUCUUCAAUUGCAAAAAGAGUUAUUAGAUAUACCAUUUUUGUAAUUACAGGAUUGAUAUUAUUUUUAUAUAUAUUUGAUGAUGUGUCUGGAGUUUGUAUAUUACUCAGUUUGGCAAGUCAUCUUUCCUAUUAUAGUUUACUUUCCGAUUUUCCAUUUGUAUCAUUAUCAAGUAUCAAAUUUAUUUUUAGUCUUUUAACAUUGAUUAUUUCACAUUGUUCAUGGUUCCUAUUCUUUAGAUCACAAUAUUUCCCAUUCCCAGAGAUCUUUACCAUUUUCAUAUUUUGUGUAUGGUUGGUACCAUUCAUGUUUUUCAUUUCUUUGGCUGCCAAUGACACCAAUCUACCCUAUUCCUCUGGAACUAGUAGGAUCAUUGGCGUCGACAGUGAAUACCAAAAACAAAAGAAAUUUGGUACUAGCUUGAAAUCAAUCCUCGGUUGGAUGAAAAAGAAAACUGAUGAUUUUACUGGUGCAUCAUCUAAUAAACAUUUUUAUUAG